CUCCAAUCCACCUUAUAAAUGCAUUUAUCAACUUAGUCUCCAAUAGGUUUUUCUUCCUUCUUCUACUACUACUUGUCAUCACACUCACCCCAAUACAAAAACAACUAAGUUAGCUAUAGCCAAUAGGUGCAACAAUGAUGAUAGAUUCAAACCCUCCACUCUUGCACCAUUAUCAAGCACUUCUAAGGAAAUCUGCCAAAUUCCAACAUGCUAAUAAUAACAAGAACAAUAAUAGAACUUUUGAAAUUCACAAUGAUCCUAUAGUGGAUGAAUGUGAGCUUCCACUGAUAGACCUUAGUGGUCUUGAAAGUUGUAAUGCCACAGAAAGAGUGACUUGCACUGCAGCAAUAUGCAAGGCAGCAUCAGAAUGGGGAUUCUUCCAAGUAGUAAACCAUGGAAUAAGCACUGAGCUACUGAGGAACAUGAAGGAAGAGCAAAUGAAGUUGUUUAAGGUACCCUUUGACAGGAAGGUCACUUGUGAGAUUCUGAACAAUCCUUACAGAUGGGGAACACCAACAGCUACUCGCUCAAACCAGUUUUCUUGGUCAGAAGCCUUUCACAUUCCUCUCACCAAGAUUUCUGAUGCAGCUUCCUGGGGUGAAUUCACUUCUUUAAGGGAAGCAAUCAAUGAAUUUGCACCAGCUAUGUUAAAAGUUUCUAGAUUAUUAGCAAGCAUUCUAGCAGAAAACUUGGGCUACCCAAAUGAUGCAAUUGAAAAACUCUGUGAUGCAAGCACAUGCUUUCUGAGAUUAAAUCACUAUCCAUCAUGCCCAAAAUCCCAAGAUGAAAUUUUUGGAUUAGUACCUCACACUGACAGUGAUUUCCUUACAAUCCUUUAUCAAGAUCAAGUUGGUGGCCUCCAACUCAUGAAAGAUUCCAAAUGGGUUGCUGUAAAACCAAAUCCAGAUGCUCUAAUUGUUAACAUCGGUGACCUUUUUCAGGCAUGGAGCAAUGACGUGUACAAAAGUGUGGAGCACAAGGUAGUGGCAAAUGACAAAAUGGAUAGAUAUUCCAUAGCAUACUUCCUAUGCCCUUCUUACAGUACAAUAAUAAAUGGCUACAGGAAACCUUCUUUAUACAGGAAAUUCACAUUUGGAGAAUACAGACACCGAAUUCAGGAAGAUGUCAAGAACAUAGGACACAAAAUUGGACUAUCAAGAUUUCUGCUUUAACAUACAAUUAGGACAACCAACAAAGCACUAGAGAAAAUGGGCAGUUCCAAUAUUUUUUAUUCCUAAAUAAGCUUUUCUGUCCAGGUAUAUAAUAUGUAAUGGAAAAAAAAAAAAAAACAGAGUGAGCAGUGCUUACAAGGCACCCAAGUAGAAGCACCAGAACAACAUAGUUUUAUCCUUUCCUAUUUUAUAUUAACAUCUCUUAAACAAAUAUGGAUGUACUUUGUAUCAAGUAAAGACGAUUGAAUGAUUGUGCACCCAACAUAAAGUUAUCCAAUGUGAGAGUGGUAUUCAGAUCUCUAAAGCUAUAUGAGAGACAAAACUCAAAUAGAAAUUGUAGAGACAGAGAAAGGUUUGGUUGUUUGUUCUACUCAAGGGCAGGUGUUGCAGGUAGCAGACAAAAUGCAUACAAAGGCAUAGAAAAUGAAAAUUAGAUAAUCUGAUUACAUAGAGCUAUAAAGAACAUGAUCAUAUUCAUGCAAAAUCAUCAAAACAAAAGAGCCAAUAUCAUAUGUAAAGUCUGAGAUAAGUCUUGUUCCAAAGCAUGUAUAUGCAAAUAGAUUUUGCUUUUGCACUUAAGGCGCUACAGAAAGCACUCUACCCCAACACAUGGUCCUCCUUUCGCUGGCUAUGACUCUAAAUAUAAUUUAGAUAAAUGUCUAAAGUUAGCCAAACAGAAAUAAACCCCACUUUAUCAAUGAGAUAGACCGAACAUACUAUUGAUGUAAUUGUUCCAAUCUCUUAUUAUUAAAUUUAUAUGUCAAAAUAUAGAAAAAUUCACAAGAAGAUUCCUCCAUUGAUAAUUAACUAAUCUGAACUAGGUAAGAACUGUAUAAUA